CGUCCAGAGGACGUUUACCGGUUCCGGUGUAUUUAAAAGCUUUUAACUGUAAACUGCCGGUCGGGGUCGUGUCAUCGAUAUACGUGAAAAAAUAUAUGAAAAAAUCAUCGUUCUUUAAUUAGAUUAUAUCAUAUUCGUACAAUUUGUUGAAGAGUGUAGUGCAAAGUAACCUAUUUGUUGAUUGUACAUUAAUUUACGUUACAGUUGAAAAUGUUUUUCAAAGGUAUUAUGUUGUACAUACGUUAGUCUUCUCGAUGCGUAUGGAAUUUGGCACAUGCUGAUUUUCUACGACCGAGUUUGCAUUUGUACUCUGUAAACACCGAGAUAUCAAAAAUGGUUGAUCAAUUUGUGAAACGGAGCGCAAUGUGCGAUCUGAUCGAUUUAAACAGCCCCGAUCUGAAGGGGUUGCGCGAUCCGAUGAAAUUGGCGUCGCCGUUAAUACCAGCGCCUGAAAAUGUCGAAUCUAAGAACUCGUUGGAAACGGAGAAACGCGAGAAUUUAGUCGGCAAUAAUCCGUUUGAUAAAGUACUUAACGAAACCGCCGAAUACAUCAGCAAAAAGGGCGAUCCUUUCGAGAUGAUGUUGCAACGAGCCAUAAGAUUCAAAAGUAAAAAAGGCGCGGACUCGAAGGAACAGUCACCUGUGGGUGGUUUUACAGAUGAUUUCACUCCGAUACGUAAGAAAAGAUAUCUCAAAAAGAUGAACAAAACACUGGACGUAUUGGAUGAAUCUUUGCUUGAGGAUAGAUUGAAUUUGUUUGGGAAAGAAAAAACCACAACUGAAGAAGCACAUGAUGGUUUAAGUAAGACUUGUAUCUGUGAUAAUAAUGAAACAGAAAGUAUCACUCAGAAUUACAAAAGUGUUGUAAAUCUCUUUGAGUUGUCAAUUCUGAACCAGUCCGCAAUGAAUGAUUCACUGUCAGAUGUAAUUCCCAAAUGUAAAGAGGAUGACGAUGUGUUUUCUAUUUUUGAAAAACAGCCUGCUAGUUUAAGACCGCUCAAUUUUCAACGAUCUCUAUCACAGGGAGCUGUGGAAUCACCAGUAAAAAAAUCGUGUCAAAUUAUAAGAUCACAAUCUGCAACUUCACAAAGUGAUAUCAACAGUAUUGAAUCAUCUAGCUUAAAUAGAGGUUUCAUAGAGAGCAAGCAGAGUGAGUGUUCUGCAUUUUCUUCUUUGUCAAAUAUAUCAUCAAUAACAAAAUGGACUUCUGCUUCAUCCUUGUCACUUGAUCCUAUGAAUCACGCUUUCUUGGAUAACAGUUCUGCAAAAACAAAUCAAGAAACAACAAACACACCUGAGAAUUCUACAGAAAUAAAAGCGAAACAAUACGACUUGUCAGAUCUAGCAGAAAGACUUCAAAAAUUGAAAUGUGUUAUGAACAGUACAGUCACAAGCACAACAGAUGAGAAUUCCACGAAAGAAGAUAACAAACAAAUCACAGAUGACAAACUGAUAGAUGUUGAUGUGUUUGUACCACCACAAAACACUAGUAAAGAAUAUAAAAGUUCAUUUUCCAGUAGCUCCACGGAUUCUGCUUCUACUGAUAGUAGCAAAGUGAAUAAGGCGAUCUUUACCGAGGCCAAGGCACUCGCAAGGACUUUUGAAGAAUUAGCACUAAGAUCAGAUUCUGGAUCUAUGGAUGACGAUUUAAUUUCGAGUAAUAAUCUGUGGAUAUCAGAGUUGGUUCCAGCAUUUGAGAAUGAACCUGUGGUAGAUGAUUUAAUUGAACUACCUGUCUCACCGGAAAAAAAAAUAAAUACUACCACUAAAUAUGACAAUAAAACACAAUUGUCUGUAAAUAAUAAUAAUAAUAAUAAUAAUAAUUCGCGUGAUAAAUUUCUGAAGGAAUUAGAAGUGGACGCGCAAUUUACUUCUCUUGUUGCAAAACAGAAAAUUAUAAAUUCGUUAUUGUCAGAUCUCAAACGAUUAAUCAAUACAGAAAACAAUUCAGAAGUUAAUAAAUUACUAUGUGAUCUGGAAACUGUUUUAAACGUUAAUUGCGAAAAUAACACGGAAUUGUUGAGAGCAUGUUUCAAUGUGUCCAACGAUCUUCAAAGCCCACAGAAAAGAUUGUCCGACAGCAGUGAGAAGUUGGAAAAGUCAGACGAACCUAAAAGCGAGGAAAACAGCGAAAAGGCAUUGUUCAAAGAAAAUAAAUGUGAUAAUGAAAAAUCGCAGGUAAAUGUAACGUGCAAAUUGGAAAAUACAUCACAAGCUGUCAACAACGAUGAUAACUCGGUGAUUGGGAACGUGUCUUCUAAAAACAAUAGCGAAGACAAUUUGAAUAUUAUUAAUUCUUCUGAAGUGCCUAAAACAGAAAUCAAGUACGUUAACGAUAAGCAGCCGGAUGUCAAUCUAGCAGUAGAAUUGUUAGUAAAUCUCGAAAAAUUGUUGACCGGUCAAGUUCAAGAAGCUACAACUAUUGAGUUACUUAAAAAUAUAGGAAAAGUUUUAGAUGUUGCUUCGAAUAAUAAUAAUAAAAUUGAAAAUGUGACAAAAUGUAAUGAAAUUCAAAAUAUUCGACGAACUGCACCUGUAAAACAUUCCGAACUCAAUCGUACACCAUCAUCGGUUACAUCAUCGACAAAAUCGGCACAUCGGCGAAGCUUUGAACCAAAGUCUAAACCAGUUGAAAGGAAAAGAAGAAGUUUAUCAGCAAUUGAUUCGCCGACCAACACUCCGUCAAAAACACAAUUACGCAAGCUCAAAGAAACGUCCGUAACAUUGAACUCAAAGAAGCGAUUUUCCAGCAAUCCGGGAUUUAUUGACAAGUUAGCGAAUAGGAAAAUCGCGAUUCCCGAAGUAGCACGUAACGCGAAAAAAGAGGAAGAAUCUAAUAUUAAAAAGGUUAAACCGGUUGCUAUAAGUGAUGUUAAAAAUAAACUCAAAAAAAAGUCGGAUGUAAUUAAUAAAAGAGGUCCCAUGAAGGCAGUGCAUCCCGUAGACUCUAUGCAAAAGAAACUAACGUCACUUGGAAAACAAGCGGCACCGUCCUCUCAAAUAACGCCGCCGGAAUCCUGCAAAACCAUUUCUGGCGUUAAGAUAAUCAGCAGUACUCCCAAUUCGAUGGACAGUUAUAUGUCGAAAAAAGCGAUGAAAUCCAAACCAGUAGCUUCAUCAACGCCAGAUAGAGAAAUCAGUAAGGCGUCAACGUCGGUUCAGUCGACGUCUUCUGACAAAAAGCGUAACUUUUCAUGUGACAUUUCGCCUGUGACCAUGUACGAGAACACAAGUAAUGUCAACGAUGAACGAGGAAAAGUGAGUCCUAAAAGAUUAUCCAAGCUACCGACUCCGAAGAAGUGUACAACACCUAAACGUCAACAGGAAACAAACAUUAUUCCGAGACAUUAUACGCCAUCAAAAUCAAUUUACGGUAGUAGUGCGAAGUAUCAGUAUUCUCCGCGGUUGAACAGAAGUUUACCGGAUUGUCAGCGAUAUUCUCCUGUCUCGCAGAAAAAGUGCGUUGAGAAGCGUAGUCCGCUUAAGGAGAACAACGGUGUGAAAGUAAAGCCGUAUAAAUUGAUCUCCAAACUCAAGAGGCACAACGAGAAGGAAAACGAUUACUUGUGAAGCGAGGCAAAUCGAAAAAUUAAAAACGGAUGUGAAUGCGCGUCGCCGUGAUAUUAUUUAUAUACAUUGUGAGAAUUUAAUCGAAAUUAAUUUGU